AUGAAACGCCAAGAACAAGCAUUGUUGGGAAGGAGGUUCACGGGAUUGGUUUUGCUGAUAUGCUUGGAAGUGUUGAUGGGUACCCAACCAAGUUCCGCUAGCAGAGUAUGUGGAAGACAGGGUUUUCUGAACCGGGUCGUAGGAGGGAAGGAUUCCCAGGAUGGAGAAUGGCCUUGGCAGGUCAGCAUCAAACUGAAUGGGGAACACCACUGUGGAGGGUCCCUCAUCAGUGAUCAAUGGGUUGUCACAGCCUCACAUUGCUUUAAACUAGUUGAUUCGCCUUCUAAUUUCACAGUCCUGCUUGGAGCACUGAAACUCUUAAGCCCAGGUCCUUAUUCCACCACGACUGGGGUGAGAAACAUUGUCACCAAUCCAGAAUAUGAAGCAGGGGGUAUGAGGAGUGGAGACAUUGCCCUAGUACAACUGGAUCGACCAGUGGAAUUCUCCAGCCAUAUCACCCCCAUCUGUGUCCCUGAUGCCAAUGUCAACUUCCAACCAGGACUCAAGUGCUGGGUCACAGGCUGGGGAGAUGUGCAAGAAAGAGGAAGGCACCUCACAUCUGAUAUUCUACAAAAGCUGGAGGUUCCCAUCAUCAGCACCAACAACUGCAAUGCCCUGUACAACCAAGGUUCCAGAGAGCUUGAAGACACAAAGGAUAUUAAAAGGGACAUGAUAUGUGCUGGUUUUGCGGCUGGGAGACGAGAUGCCUGCCAGGGUGAUUCUGGAGGCCCUCUGGCCUGCCAGUUGGGAGACUGCUGGCUCCUUGCUGGCGUGGUCAGCUGGGGAGAAGGCUGUGCACAGAAGAACCGUCCAGGGGUCUAUGCCCGUGUCACCUUUUACCAAUCCUGGAUUCACAGUGUCAUACCGGAGCUAAAGUUCACAAGUAUCAGGGGCCAUUGGACAACAGUGAACAACAAAGGUGCCACCAGCAGUGCAUCAACUGGCAGUUUUAGCCUCCUCUCUGCCAUUUUUGCCACUAUAGUUUUGCUAUUAUCUUCGUAG